GAUGCAUUGUGGGAGUAAACCAAAUAUGGCGGACGACUGUUGCUUGAUGUUUCUAAGUUUUUAACUUCAUAUUUUUGCAUAAAAUCGCAUUGAAAUGGCUGCGAAUGGCUGCAGAAACUUCUUAAAACAAGCUGGCAUUCAGGGCCUUAAUAAUGUAUAUCGAAGUGGAAAUCUAGGAACUUGUCGCAGUGUGGCAUGUUUCCCUGCGUUUGGUGUGGCACCAGCUGUCUCGGGGAUCCUUGGAGUCAGAUAUGCAUAUCAACCCAAACAAAAACAGCAACAGAAACGCAAUGAAGUACCAAGUUACAGAAUAGGAGUCACAAGAAGCCAAGACUCACUUCACACAGGAAGUUUAAAGGGAAGCCUGUGGGCAUCGGAGAGACUACUGGAUGAUAUAAUGAUACGCAAGUUUGUGGAAGGAGUUAUGCACGAGUUUGUGGAAUCUGAAGUGGUCAUCAAGCGCAGAGCUAACAAUAUCAUUCUUGUGUUUCUUGUGUCAAUAUAUGGGGAUGUAAAAAAGUUUUAUUUCCUUGUAGGAUUCACAGAGAAGCUUCUCACUGAACUUUUAGGAUGUAUUGUGAAAGUGGAGGCACAGUCGUAUUCUGGAAGACAGUCUUAGGGUCAGUUAGGGGAUAGCAUGUAAAACAGUUGGCUUUUCAUUUGGUGUUUUGUUUUGUUUGGUUUUGUUUUGUUUGGUUUUGUUUUGUUUUGUUUUGUUUUGUUUUUUUUGGUUUGGUUUGGUUUGGUUUGGUUUUUGUUGUUGUUUUUUGUUUUGUUUUUUUUGUGUGUGUGGUUCAAAGUUUUUUUUUUCCGUCCAAUGACAAGACAGACAUCAAAAUGACUGCUUUUCCAGGCCAAUCAGAAGAGCAGGUGACAAUUUCUGGAAGCUCUGUUUUUGAACGUGCCAGAUAUGUUUUAGUGAUAUUUUGUUUCUACAAUCGGCCAAAAUGGACUAACCAAGGAAAGGCUUGAGCUAUGACUGAAUUUCAUACUUGGUGUAGAUUAUUGUGAUUGACGUGGUUGGAAAUGAAGGUUCAAGCCAUUUAAGUGAAAAGUGAUUUUACCCACCGCAGUUGCUUCCUGUUCAAGACCCUUAUCAGGCAGAAGUAAAGAACACUCGAGAUCGGACACGGCUCCACUGAUGCAUGUAAAUCUGUACAUCUUUCUGCACUUCUAAAUACAGUAAAAGAAACAGCCCCGAAGAGUAAUUAAGCCCCUAGUCCAAAUGUGUUUGUAAAAUUAAACGAAAGCAGUAAAAACCCACCACUUCA